UCAGGCAACGCCGGAAGUGCCCUCGCGCUGCCUAGGAGACAGGACGCGGGGCUAGUAGCUGACAGGGCCGCGCCGGCCGCGCCCACCCGGUCGCCAUGGAGCUGCCCGCAGAGCUGUACGAAGAUCCCCGCGCCUGGGACGAUGACUCGGAGCCGGAGCCGGAGCCUGACCCCGACGCGCAGGCCGAGGCCUACGUGGCCCGCGUGCUCAAUCCGCCAAAACCCCGUCUGGCUCCCCCGCGCGCCUCGCCGCUGUCCACGCCCGCCGCGUCCCCGAGCGCGCUGGAGCCGCGAGCCGCAUCCAAGGUCUCGGCAGUUCGUGUGCCGGGCUUGCUGAGCCUUCCCCCGGAGCUGCUGCUCGAGAUCUGCGCCUACCUGGACGCGCGCCUCGUGCUCCACGUCCUGCCGCGCGUGUGCCACGCGCUGCGCGACCUCGUGCGUGACCGUGUCACCUGGAGGUUACGCGCGCAACGCCGCGUACGCGCGCCCUACCCAGUGGUGGAAGAGGAGGAAUUUGACUGGCCGACAGCCUGCAUUGAGCUGGAACAGCACCUGGCCCACUGGGCAGAGGAUGGGCGCUGGGCCGAGUACUUCUGCCUGGCCGAUGGGCACUUUGCUUCCAUUGACUCAGUGCUGCUGCUCCAGGGCGGGACACUAUGUCUGUCAGGCUCCCGGGACCGCAACGUCAACCUGUGGGACCUGCGGCAGCUGGGGGCGGAUCCCAGCCAGGUUCUGGUCAAAGCCCUGGGCACCCAACCAAACAGCACCCACAAGGGCUGGGUGUGGUCGCUGGCGGCGCAGGACCACCGCGUGUGCUCCGGCUCCUGGGACAGCACGGUGAAGCUCUGGGACAUGGCGGCUGAUGGGCAGCAGUUUGGCGAGAUAAAGGCUAAGGCAGCUGUGCUGUGUCUGUCCUACCGGCCUGACAUCCUGGUGACCGGCACCUAUGACAAGAAGGUGACCGUCUACGACCCCAGAGCCGGCCCCGCCCUGCUGAAGAGCCGGCGGCUGCACUCCAGCGCUGUGCUGGCACUGCUGGCAGACGACCGGCACAUCAUCUCGGGCAGCGAGGACCACACCCUCGUGGUGUUCGACCGCCGAGCCAACAGCGUCCUGCAGCGGCUGCAGCUGGACUCCUACCUGCUCUGCAUGUCCUACCAGGAGCCCCAGCUGUGGGCUGGUGACAACCAGGGCCUGCUGCACGUCUUCGCCAACCGCAAUGGCUGCUUCCAGCUAGUCCGGUCCUUCGACGUGGGCCACAGGUCUCAUAUCACGGGGAUCAAACACUCGCUGGGGACCUUGUACACCACAUCCACUGACAAGACCAUCCGGGUGCACCUGCCCACAGACCCACCAAGGACCAUCUGCAUCCGAAACCACCACAACGUGCUGAAUGGGGUCUGUGCCGAGGGCAACUUGGUGGUGGCCGCCUCUGGGGGCCUGUCGCUGGAGGUGUGGAGACUGCAGGCCUGAGCAGUGGAUGUGGACGUGGAUGUGGACACUGCCAGCCAGCAGGCUGGGCCUCGGCCACCGUUCUUGGGGGACCUUCCCCGUGCUGGUGCUGCCUCGGCCCCCGCCCCACAGGCCCAGGACACAAAGAGUCCGGGCCAUGGUCGGGCGUGGGUCCCUGGGCUGGGCCCCGUGCCCAUGGAGGUGAAGUUGGGGUUCUGGCCCAUCUAGGGAGCUGCUCCCCACCCUUGGGCCCUGGUUUUAUGAUUUGGACGCCCCGCUCUCUGUGGGGAGCAAAGGAGAAAUAAACCUGACUGACGUGUUGGUGCUCAGGC